UUAAAAGAACAUUUACUGGGUAAUUAUUCUAAAGAUAUUCGCCCAAUUCGGAAUCAAAGUGAUCCGCUGUUAGUAGAGUGUAACAUUCACCUUACGGAUAUUGUCGACUUGGACGAGGUCCGUCAAAUUUUGUCUGUGAUUAUAAUUUUUAGUCUCCGAUGGAAAGACGAGUUUUUAGUUUGGAAUCCGGACAAGUAUGAAGGGCUAUCCUUCAUUCAGAUGGAUCAAGAAAAGAUUUGGAUACCAUGGAUAAAUUUGUACAGUACACUUGACGAUGCGGACUUAUUUGGGGAUGUACGAUACAGAUUAACUGCUCGUCAGAAUGGACAAAUGACAUGGACUCUAUCUAAGAAGAUAACUGUAGCCUGUUUAAUGAAUGUAGUUCUUUUCCCAUUCGAUACCCAACGUUGCACAUUAGCGUUUACGCCGUUACUGUACAAUACGGAGCAAGUGAAAUUGGUGCACGUUGAACAGUCCGUUAACACAUCUACACUAAAAUCGCAUGGCGAGUGGGUAUUUAGGGCCAGUAAUUAUACCACUCUGGAUUACAAAUUGGAUGAUUUCAAUAUGUCUGUUUUAUACGUGAGAUUGGAAUUCAAACGCCUCACUUUGUUCUUUGUUCAAAACUUUUUAGUUCCAAUCAUCAUUAUAUCGUUUCUCAACUUGUUAACCUUCUGGUUGCCGGACGGCUCCGGAGAAAAGGCUUCUUUCUCCAUCACCGUACUUCUAGCCUUGACUUUCUAUCUAACAAGUGUGAGCAGCUAUCUGCCUCAAAAUUCGAACGAACCAAUCCUUCUGACACUGUACAUAAGUCUCUUAUUGACGCUGAGUUGUUUAACUGUUCUUGUGUCUCUUAUAUUAAUCAAUCGUCACCAU